GCGGACGAGGUGGCGCGGAGGCUGAUCUGGGAGAAGAACCUGAAGUACAUCAACACCCACAACCUGGAGCACGCCAUGGGCGUCCACACCUUCGAGCUGGCCAUGAACCACCUGGGUGACAUGAUGACCAACGCCUUCAAGUACGUGCAGCAGAACCGCGGCAUCGACUCGGAGGACGCCUACCCCUACAUCGGCCAGGACGAGAGCUGCAUGUACAGCCCCACCGGGAAGGCGGCCAAGUGCCGCGGCUACCAGGAGAUCCCCGAGGGCAACGAGAAGGCUUUGAAGCGAGCGGUGGCCAGGAUCGGCCCCGUCUCCGUGGGCAUCGACGCCAGCCUCCCC